CUUUAUCAGCUGUUAUUUGUUAUUGUCAGCUUGUGUAAUUUAAAAACUUUUGAUUGUGGAUAAAAAUAGAUAAAUUUAGUUUUGAAAUGCGGAGUGUAAUUAAUGGCUUUGCAACUGCAGUAAGGGCUAGCAAUUUCACACCACUUUCCAGAAAUGUUGUGCAGUUUGAACGUCUUCGUUUGUCCCAAGUACGAAAUUUUUCAGUUGAAUCCUCGCCGGUUUGUUGGAAUUGCCUAAAGAAAUCGGAAUUAAAAAAGAAAAUGAUAUGUUCGGAUUGUGGACAUUUGCAGGAUGUUAAUGCAGAAAUAAAUUACUUCGACUUGUUGAGCUUUCCCACUGAGUUUUCUUUGGAGUCCCAAAAGUUGACAAAAAGUUUUCGCCAAUUGCAGACCAUAGUACAUCCUGAUAAAUAUAGUAACAAAACUUCCCGUGAGCAAACCAACUCCGCGGAUUGGAGUUCGCUGAUCAAUAAGGCUUAUAAAACACUUGCGACUCCCAUAGAACGUGGUCAGUACCUACUGCAAUUGGCGGGAGAACAGAUGCCUCAGGAUAAUAGCGCCUUGAAUAAGGAGUUUCUAAUGGCAAUGAUGGAACGAAAUGAGGAGGUGGAAGAAGCGGAAGAUACUAAAGCUCUAAAUGAAUUAAACACCCAACUUAUAAAAGAACUCGAUGAAAUGGCCAAAAAGUUAAAUUCUCUUUUUAAAAGCAAAGACCUCAAGGGAGUGAAAGAAACGCUGGUAGAGAUGAAGUACCUACUGAGUAUUCAGAACAGUAUCAAACAGAAGCAGCAAAGUUUGCUGGGCAGCUGAAAAUGUUUUAAUCGAUCUGGCAAUCGGUUCUGAUCGCUCACACACACAUGUCCAGCUGUUGCUAUCUAUCAGCUUUUAAGUAAACAAUAACACUGAUUUCGUUUGUUUUAUAAUGUGAAUAAAAAUCGCGACACAGCA